UUUUCCCAUAUAAUGUUAUCGGUGCUGGUAAUUUUAUACCAGAAGGCCGAGCUGGCCAAGAAGCUGUAUUAAUAGGGACUCAAUUAUAUUUUAUGGGAGGUUCUCGUAUAAUUCCAUCCUCAAAUCCUAUUAAAAGCCAGAUUAGAGGAUAUAAUUUAUCGGAUGAAGUCUUCUUCUUAGAUCUUUCAUCCACGUUCUCUACGAAUAAUCCUCCAUAUGUGGAUCUUUCCGAUGCUGGUGCACGAAUGAAAUAUGGAAAUGAAAAAGGAACAGUAGUACUUGGUGGUGCAAGCAAGGAAGAUGCGUAUCUAAUUGGAGGGACGCAGCAAGACCUUGCCCUUCUUAAUAAAGAUGAUCAAAAUAUAACGAUAACUUCCAAUCAAACAUUAAUGAUAAAUGAAAUAUUUAAGACUUACAACUCGACAGAUCAAAUGGUUUUUAUUUAUAGACAUACAGCACGAAAUUGGAGACCGUUUGGACAAGGUGUUGUAGGAACUCAACCGACUAGACGUAGAUCAUCUUCAACUGUAAUUGAUAAGAAUGGAAUUAUUUAUAUAUUUGGCGGAAGGAUUGAAUUUGAUAUGGCAUCAUACCCACUUAUUUUAUAUAAUGACAUGUAUACUUUUGACACAAACUUGUUAAUAUGGAAACAAAUAACUGCCACUAAUACACCUUCAGUUCGAAGUCAUGCUGCUCCAAUAUUACUUCCGGAUGGAAAGAUUCUUUAUAUUGGUGGUGUCACCCAACCAGCACUCGGAAUGGAUACAAAUUUGCUGCCUAUGACAGAGAUUCCCGUAUUUGAUACAAUUUCUUUGAGUUGGUCUGUGAAGAAUACAACAUCGCCGUUUUUAAUCCAGCCUAGGGUUGCUCAUACGGCAACAUUAACUCCAGAUAAUAAAACAAUUAUUAUAAUAGGGGGAACAUCAAGCAACAUUACCAAUAAUGCAACAACAUCGUAUGAGACUAGCCCAAAAAUAUAUUUAUUGGAUGUCAAUUGCUUGGCAUGGGUAAACAUUUUUUCACCAGAUAAUUCUAGUUGCCCUACAAUUCCAUCAACGUCAGCACCAAAUACCGGAUUGAUUGUCGGCUUAACUCUUGCAGGUCUUUUUGCAAUAUCAUUAGUGAUCGCUAUUUUAAUAAAAAAAUGUUGCCAAUGA